AUGUCCAAGAUCUACGUCGGUAACCUGCCCUGGAGCACCUCCAACGACAGCCUCCGUGAGGCUUUCGCCGAGUUCGGCCAGAUCACUGACCACAUUGUCAUGGUCGACCGUGAGACCGGCCGCUCCCGUGGCUUCGGCUUCGUCACCUUCUCUGCUCCCGAGGAGGCCGAGGCUGCCAUCGCCGCCAUGAACGAGAGCGAGAUCGACGGCCGCCGCAUCACCGUCAACAUCGCCAACCCCCGUCCCACUCAGGGCCGCUGGUAG